AUGGCACCACACGCACCGAAAGACGAGGGCGCGCAGCCGCCCCCACCCAUCACGCCCGGCGGGACGUAUAGCAUCCAGACCGUCUCCGUGGGCUGCAAGCUCUACAUCCGCCGCCCCGGCCCCGACGGUCAGGAGGAGGAGCGGCUCGCUGAGAUCCUCUCCAUCCGCGACAAGCCCGUCAAUCCCUAUGUUUCGCGUUUGCGCGCGGAGGUCAAACAGGAGGAGCCACUGAGGCCCGAGGAGCGCUUGGAGUUCUUUGUCCACUGGGACCAGUUCAACAAGCGCCUGGACGACUGGGUCUCCGGCACCCGCCUCGUCCUCAGCAGGGACCUCGAGUGGCCCCGCCCGAAAGCGUCGUCGGCGACGAAGAAGGUUGUGGGCAAGAAAACCCCCGCGAAGAACCAGCGCCAGCAGUCGCUCCUCAAGCGGGCCGCCACCGCGAAUGCGCUCGCCGUCGGCAAGUCCGUAAAGACAGAGCCCGGCACUCCUGGACCAUCCACUCCGGCGUCAGCGCGUGCGAGCGCGUCACCCGCGCCGUCCAUCGGCCAGAAGCGGAAGAAUUUGCAUGAGGACGAGGACGAGGAAGACGAGGACCUCGAUGCCGAUGCCGAGGGUGAGAUGGACGUCGACGCGGAGGGCGAAGUGCUGGACCUCGACGGUGGCGAGACCCCGCAGGCUCCCUCACCACUUUCGGCCUUCAGCAAGGAGCAGGAGAUUGAGAAGCUGCGCACGUCGGGGUCCAUGACACAGUCCAUAUCCGAGAUCGCGCGCGUGAAGAACCUGAACCGCCUGCAGAUAGGCAAGCACGAAGUGGACGCAUGGUACUUCAGCCCAUAUCCCCAGGAGUACGCCCAUUUGCCCGUGCUAUACCUCUGCGAGUUCUGCCUGUCGUACUACGGGUCCGAGUUCAUGCUAUCGAGACACCGAAAGCGGUGUAACCUCCUACAUCCGCCUGGCAAUGAAAUAUAUCGCCAUGAAGACAUAUCGUUCUUUGAGCUCGACGGAAAGCGACAGCUGGGAUAUUGCCGCAACCUCAGCCUACUCUCUAAGUGCUUCCUCGACCACAAAACGCUAUAUUACGAUGUAACACCAUUCUUGUACUAUGUCAUGUGCCAACGGGAUUCCUCCGGCUGUCAUAUGGUCGGCUACUUCUCCAAGGAAAAGGAGUCCGCGGACAAUUACAACGUCGCCUGCAUCCUCACACUCCCGCAGCACCAACGGCAUGGCUACGGCAAACUCCUCAUCGAGUUCUCGUACGAGCUGAGCAAACGCGAGGGGAAGCUCGGGAGCCCCGAGAAGCCGCUCUCCGACCUGGGUCUACUCGGCUACCGUGCCUACUGGGCAGAGACGAUCAUUGACCUGCUCAUGACCACGACCGAGGACGUUAGCAUCGACGAUAUUGCGCAGAAGACCUCGAUCACGCAUGCCGAUGUGAUGAACACAUGCACGACGCUGCAGCUAUUCAAACACUUCAAGGGGCAGCAUGUAAUCAGCAUUCCAGAAGCGGUCCAGGAGAGGUACAGGAAGGCCAAGGAGAAGCGGAAGAGGCGGAUACACCCCGAGUGUGUCAUCUGGAAGCCCCCGGUCUUCUCUCGAGAUCAGUUGAGAUUCGGUUGGUAGCCCUCACGCGCGAGCAGAUCCGCGCGGGGAGGUGUCGACCG